UGUCACGUGUGCGCUUCCUGGGGUUGGGUGCUAGCGGUGGGAGGAUCUGGCGGAGCCCGGGAGUUCUCGCUGUGAUGGCUAAGUCCAGCCUGGGCCAGGAUUCCGACAGCACCGCUGCAGUGGCGGUGCUAAAGCGGGCAGUGGAGCUGGAUGCAGAGUCCCGGUACCAGCAGGCUCUGGUGUGUUACCAGGAGGGGAUUGACAUGCUCCUGCAGGUUCUCAAAGGUACCAGAGACUCUAGUAAGAGAUGUGUUCUCAGAACGAAAAUCUCUGACUACAUGGAUAGAGCAGAAAACAUAAAGAAAUACUUAGACCAAGAAAAAGAAGAUGGAAAAUAUCACAAGCAAAUUAAAAUAGAAGAGAAUGCAACUGGGUUCAGUUACGAGACACUUUUUAAAGAAUACCUUCAUGAGACAGUUACGGAAGUUUGGAUAGAAGACCCUUAUAUUAGACAAACUCAUCAGCUGUAUAACUUCCUUCGGUUUUGUGAGAUGCUGAUUAAGAAGCCAUGUAAAAUAAGAACUAUUCACCUUCUCACCUCUGUGGAUGAAGGCUUUGGGAAUGCACAGCAAAGUAGUGGCCUGGAAGAAAUAAAACAAUCCCUCAGGAGUCAUGGAGUGCUGUUGGAAAUAAAUUAUUCUUCAUCUAUACAUGACCGAGAAAUUAGGUUCAACACUGGAUGGAUGUUUAAAAUUGGAAGGGGACUCGAUUAUUUUAAGAGACCACAGGGUCGUUUUUCCCUUGGAUAUUGUGAUUUAGAUCUGAGACCAUGCCAUGAAACAACAGUGGACAUUUUCCAUAACAAGCACACAAAAAAGAUAUGACGUGUAAUAACCUAACUAUACAUUUCUGCUUUGGAUGGUUUCAGCCCAUUUUCUGUUGCUAAAACUGAAUACCAUACACUGGAUAAUAUAUAAAGAGUAGAGGUUUAGGCUUUGGCAUCUGGGGAGGAUCAUUUUUCUGCAUCCCAAUGGUAAAAUGCAACAAGAUGGAGCAGGCUUUGUAACAAAGCUUGUGAAGCAAAGCCGCCACCUCAGAGGUCUCCCCUCUCUCAACAUUGCUGUACUAGGGACCAAGAUCCAACACACAAACCUUUGGGGACAUGUUCAAACCAUAGCAAGCAAAUACUGAACUUGUUCCCCCCCCCCCUUUUUUUUAAAA